UGGUGAUGCUCACUUCAUUACAGCAGUCAGAAGACCCAGGUAAUUUACUCCACUCUGAUCCGGGAUUCAUCAUAAAUUUCCGUAACUUAUCGAUCAUAUCAAUAGGAAAGGUACUAUUUUACUAUCAUCAGGAAUGGCCUCUGCGACAUUGUGGUCUGAGGAGGACUUCUCCUGUUCCAUCUGUCUGGAUGUGUUCAACAGCCCAGUUACCACACCAUGUGGACACAACUUCUGCAGAGCCUGUAUUACAGUGUUCUGGGAUGACAUAGUCCAGUUCAAAUGUCCUGUCUGCAACGAGCUGUUCCACACAAGACCUGUUUUACGGGUUAAUACCCUCAUAUCAGGGAUGGUUGAUCAGUUUAGAAGUUCUGUACGAGUCAAAGAGCAGCCUUGCGUUGAACCCGGAGAAGUUCCUUGUGACGUCUGUACUGGGACCCAGCUGAAGGCAGUGAAGUCCGGCCUGGUGUGUCUUAUCUCUUACUGCCAAACCCACCUGGAGCCACAUCAGAGAGUCGCAGGCCUGAAGAAACAUCGGCUGGUCGAGCCUUUAGACCGUCUGGAAGACAGGAUGUGUAAGAAACACAAUCAACUUCUGGAGCUCUUCUGCCAGACUGACCAGGUGUAUGUUUGUCAGUUCUGCACAGUGACAGACCACAAGUCACAUCCUGUUGUACCUCUGAAGGAGGAAUAUGAAGUGAAGACGGCCCAGCCGGGGAAGAUAGAGGCUGAAGUUCAGCAGAUGAUCAAGGAGAGACAACGAAAGAUUAAAGACAUCAUAGACACGGUGGACCACAGCAAAGCAGACGCAGACAGAGAGAUAGCCGAUGGUGUUCAGGUCCUCACUGCUCUGAGUUGCUCUGUUGAAAAGUGUCUGGAUGAUCACAACAAAACGGUUCAAGAGAAACUGAAAUCCACAGAGAAAGAAGCUGAAGGCCUCAUCAAAGAGCUGGAGCAGGAAAUAAAAGAUCUGACCAAUAGAAGCUCAGAGGUGAAGCAGUUCACCCAAACUGAAGACCACCUCCACCUCCUCCAGACCUUCAGAUCCCUGAAGGAUCCUCCACCCACCAGGGACUGGACGACGGUGGAGGUCCGUCCUCCAUCAUACGUUGGGACCUUGAGGAGAGCCCUGGAUCAGCUGGAGGAGACACUGAACAUGGAGGUGAAGAAGGUGCCUGACCUGAGAUCAGUUCCACACAAGUGUAAGUGUCUGUUUGGUUUGAUUUAGGGCUGUCAAAUGUACAUUCAAUAUUAAAAUAUUCUUCAAAUAUAAAGAAAUAUUUUACAUUCAAACUAAAUUAAACAUGUCAGAUGUUUUUCCCUUAAGAUAUGAGUGCCACCGUGUAAAAUAAGUUUGAGAAGAUAACCUUACAUUAAAAAAUGUAAUGCAAAAACACAUAGCAUGCUUGCACACUCACAUCCAUAUGGCCCGUCGGCCUCCUCGGGAACGGGACUCGGCUGCAGCGGUCCGUCCUGGGAGCGUAUCCCGGUCCGGUCCUCGGUCCGGUCCUCGGUCCUACACUGGACCCACACGUGUCUCAUCAGCCCGUCUCCGCCCCCCUUUAUAUACCGCUCACCUGCGUCUGAUCGGCCUCCCUCGCGGGUGUUUCCUCUGAGCCAAUGCGCCAAUGCGGUCCCCGGCGCCCUCUGGGUGAGAAGGGUGAUAGACCCCCUCACCACCGGUCCCCUGGGCUUCAGGGCCGCUGUGUCGGGCCGGGUUACCACAAUGUGUUCAAAACAUUGUUGUAUUAUAUUCAUAACGUUGUUGUUAAUACAUUCAUAAUAUCGUUGUUGUUUUCAUAACGGUAUUG